AUGCUGCUCUUUACCCUCUUCUGUUUUAAUUCUCUGAUCAGAGAAGUCAAUGCAAAGUGUGGCCUUCGACCAUCUUACGAAUCCUUUCUGGAUAUGGGCAAGAGGAUCACAGGGGGGGGAUAUGCCAAGGAUGGGGAAUUCCCAUGGCAUGUGAGCAUCCAGAGCAAGAGGAGACACAUCUGUGGAGGCACCAUGAUCAGUGCACUGUGGAUUUUAACUGCAGCCCAUUGCUUUGCAGGAGAAAUGCCACCAGAUCUCACUGUUGUGGUAGGGUCAGUUGACCUCUACUUCCCCCUGGAAGAACAUAAACUGGACAGAGUGAUUCUCCACGAAGACUUUGACAGCAUGAGCAUGCAGAAUGAUGUUGCACUGAUCCUGCUCAGCUCUCCCAUCGAGUUCAGCAAGGAGAAAAUCCCCAUCUGCUUGCCCUUCAUAGAUGACAUUGACACGUGGCAAGAAUGUUGGUCUACUGGGUGGGGAACCACAAGAGAAGGUGAGAUUGUGGUUCCAGGGUCCCAUGUGCUGCAGAAAGUAAGGAUGAAGCUCAUCAGCAGGGAGCAGUGCUUGAAGAGGACCCCAGUGCUGGAGGAGAACAUGCUGUGUGCUGAGGUGGAGAGAAGAGAAAAAAGCAUCUGCCAGGUGGACAGCGGGGGACCCCUGGUUUGCAGCUACUGGAACACCAUGAAAUGGUUCCAGGUUGGCAUCAUCAGCUGGGGAGAAGAUUGUUCAGAAAAGGCAAACCAGGAGAUCUUAAUGUCUGUUUACAGCUACCGUGGCUGGAUUGAAGCCCAGACAGCCAGAAGGGGGAAACCUUUCUUCAUUGAAGGCAUGGAUAAGCAUGCAAAAGUCAGGGUGGUUCCUUCCAGGGCUGAGUCACAGUCGUUUUUUCUUGUGUCUUCCCUCCUUUUAGUUGUCUCUUUAAUGACAUUUAGAGUGCUCUAGAGAAGAGUUUUCAAAAUGUAAUAAAAGUCUCAUUCUUCUUUUCCUGCUGA